AUGGACGUGUGGGGCCCAGCCCGCAUCCAGGGACAGGGCCGCGAGCAAUACAUUCUGCUGCUCCCCGAGCGGUUCGACACGGACCUUCCUGUCCUGUGUCUGCACUCUGACAGAGGUGGUGAGUUUUCCUCCGACCUCUUGCAGGACUUUUAUCGUGGGGAGGGCAUCACCGAGACGUUCACGCUUCCGGCCUCUCCGCAACAGAAUAGGGUUGCUGAGCGCCGCAUUGGCCUGGUCAUGGAGGUCGCUCGUACCUCCAUGAUCCAUGCGGCUGCCCCCCAUUUUCUGUGGUCGUUUGCGGUACGGUACACUGCGCAUCAGCUCAACCUCUGGCCCCGUGUCUCCUUGCCGGAGACCUCGUCGACACUACGUUGGAUGGGAGAGGUUGGCGAUGUGUUAGUGUUCCGGGUAGACCCACUACUCUUGGUUGAGCCUGUCGAGGUAACUGGUGACUCCGGUGCUACUGAGGGUGCAGAGCCUGCGGGUGCUGAGCCUGAGUGUGCGGAGCCUGGGGGUGCUGAGCUUGUGCGCGAGGAGCCUGGGGGCGCUGAGCCUGCGGUUGCGGAGCCUGAACGUGAGGAGCCUAGAGGUGCUGAGCCUGCGAAUGCGGAGCCCAGGGGUGCUGCGUUUGAGUGUGCGGAGCUUGGGGGUGCUUAG